CCCAGUUGGUGCUCAUGCGCGCGCAGUCUCGUUAGAAGGAAGAGGGGGGACCCCCCUUGCUCCCCCCCACUAGCGGCCAGCGAGAGUAGCCCAAAGGGGGAAGCGAGACGCUGAGCGUCGGAUGCAACAGUUGCUGGGAUGCGACGCACCAUUUAGCCGGCCACGCGUGUUGAUCCAGCCAGAGGGGGGGGGGGCGCCUCCAGUCUGGAGCGGAUGGCGCAGCACCACCGCGGGAUGAGCGGCGGCCACUGAGUCAGCGGAACUCAGCAUGCAUCGGAUCGCCCCGCGGCGGCGCAAGCUCCGGCUCCGGGCGCUGUGGGCUGCGCUGGCCCUGCUGGCCAUGUCAGUGGCCGCCUGCAGUGCGCUCUUCACGGCUUGGACCUGGCGCCAGACGCGGGACCUGUCCCAGUCCUUUCACAUCCUCCAGGAGCGCCUCGAGCAGGUCAACACGCAAAGGAAGGCCAUCGUGCAGCUGAUUCUGGAGAAAAGAGAGCUCCUGGUGGGCCAGAGAGUCAAGCGAGACGGGGGGGCCCUGCGCGGGAAGCACGGAAACGGCAAGAAAGCGGCGUCUCAUUUCGAGAUCACCAAAGUCUCCUCGCAACAAGUGGGAGAAGGCGGCGUGAUCAAAGGCUGGGAGGAGCGCGUGCUCAACAUGAGCAAAGCGGUCAGCUACGACAAGGAGGAAGGCACCUUCAUCGUGGAGAAACCGGGCGUUUACUUCCUCUUUUGUCAGGUUCUGUUCAACGAGCAGGAGUCGCAGUACGUUAAACUUGACGUGGUGACGGGCGGCCAGAGGCCUCAGAAGCUGCAGUGCAUGGAGGGCUACGGGACCACGCCGUCGGCGGGCCCGCACCCGUCGCACUUCCUCAAGCCCUGCCAGGUCUCUGGGCUCCUGCGCCUGGACAAAGGCGCCCGACUGCACGCCGUCACCGGCCCUUCCUUCCGCCUGCACACGGUGGGCAACCCUUCGGCCUCGCCUCACGUCUUCAGCAUCUUCAAAGUCAACUGAGGGCCCCCCCGGGCGGGGGGCCACCCCACCUUGAAGCUUUUCUCCAGCGCCUGCAUACGGACGCUGUUUUGGGGAUACGGAAACGGGAAGCCGUCGACAAACUGGAAACUUUUUCCACAUCGCUGGGACGUGAAUUGUUUUCGCUCUUUUUUUCCAACGUCAAAUUGAACUGUUUCAUCUUUUUUUAUAGUCGUCCCUUCUCUUUCUUUUCCUGGCUCUUUUUGAGGGAAAUGACAGAGACGCCAGAGACCACACCAUGAGUUUUUGUUUUUCUCCUUUUUCUAAAAACUCAAACACAAACGAACAUUUAAGCUCAAUUCUGUAUACGCGCAUAAAUACUCGCAAUAACAUCCGAAUUUUUCCAUCCUUCUGGCAGUCCGAUACGCAUAAUAACUUGGAAGCCCAUGAGAAGGAACAUUCCAAUCAUGUUUUUCCCCGUGCGGCAAGUACGCUAAUGGAGAAUCACGGGCCGGCCGGCGUGCCAGCCACGAUGGCCGCCGCCGCCGCUCUUGCGCAACCCAAACAAGUGUGUUUAUUUCCAGCCGCGGUUUCAAAGUCGUUUUUGUGGCCUGGCCGCACGGCAAACUCGGGCACGCCACAUGUUGCAGAAAGUCACCAUUUUGAUCCUUUUUUCAUUUCCUCGGGACAUUUUCAAAUAAGCCUGCCCCCCUCCCCCUUAUUUCCCUCCCGUCAGCAACGCACACUCAGACUUAAGCCGCCCUCUCCAUUUUCACUUCCUCAAUAUGAAGAAGCUGGAACACCUACAUUUACGCACACACAUCCUCGCUUAUUUCGAUAAAGGUCAAAUACUUUACGAGAAAGAGUACGCGAGAGCCUUUCGGGGGGGGGGGGAGCAAAUAAAAUACGUCCAACGCAGUCAAUGGGUCAUUUUAUUCUCGGCCGUUCAGACAAAAAAAAUAUUGAGAAGGCGUUUUUUUUUUCAUAUUGGAUUUGGUUUUAUUACAAAGAAAGAAAGAAAAAAAACAAACAAAAGGAGAUGCAUCUUUUUUUUUUUGUAAAUACUUUCAUUGCCGGCCAACAUUUGAUGUCUGCGCUGACAAAAGAUUACAAAAGGACAAACAAAGCAAAGUGCUUGUGUUAUUUUUUUUUUGUGUGGGGGGGGGUGUGGGGAGCGUUUUCAUCCUUUUUCAUUCACUUUGGAGCUUUCAAUAAGGCAUUUUUCUUAUUUCAUCAUAUAUAACAAUGUAAUUACUGUGUAAUUACUGUGUAAUUACAAUGUAAUUGUAAUUACCCUGUAAUUAUAAUUACUGGACUUUUUUUAAUGUACAGUGAGGGGCAGAAGUUUAUGCGCCCCUUGUGAUUUUUGCAAGUUCACCCACUUAGAAAAUUGGUCGAGGUCUGAAAUUUCAAUCAUAGAUGGAUUUCCAUUCAUAGAGACAUAAUCUAUCCAUCCAUCAUCUGCCGCUUAAUCCGGAAUCGGGUCGCGGGGGCAUCAGCUUUAGCAGGGAACCUCAGACUUCCCUCUCCCCAGUCACUUCAACCAGCGGGAUCCCAAGGCGUUCACAAGCCAGCCGAGAGACAAGGUCCUGGGUCGUCCCUAGGGCCUUCCACCAGUGGGACAUGCCAGGAACACCUCUCAAGGGAGGCGUCCAGGAAGCAUCCAAACCAGAUGCCUGGGCCACCUCAACUUGCUGCUCUCAACGCGGCGGAGUAGCGGCUCAACAGUCCCUCCCGGAUGACCGAGCUUCUCACCCCAUCUCUAAGGGAGAGCCCGGACACCCUGCGGAGGAAACCCAUUUCGGCUGCUUGUUCUUUGGGUCACGACCCACAGCUUGUGACCACAGGUGAGUGUUGGAACGUAGAUCGACUGGUAAAUCCAGAGGUUCGCCCUUUGGCUCAGCUCCUUCACCACUACAGACCGGUGCAGAGUCCGCAUCAUUGCAGACACUGCACCGAUCCACCUGUCAAUCUCCCGCUCCCUCCUACCCUCACUCGUGAACAAGACCCCAAGAUACUUGAACUCCUCCAUUUGGGGCAGGAUCUCAUCCCUAACCCGCCGAGGGCACUCUACACACAACUCGGAUUUGGAGGUGCUGAUUUUCAUCCCAGCCCCUUCACACUCGGCUGCGGACCACUCCAGUGAGAGUUGGUGGUCUCCACUCUGGAUGCUUGGUUGAGAAGCCAAUUGUGCGAUUAUGACUGAACAUCUCUAAGUCAGAAUCCCACCUUGCUGCUUCAACCAGCUCCUCCGGCGGGAUCCCAAGGCAAACAGAGAGACAUGGUCUCUCCAGUGUGUCCUGGGUUGUCCCCGGGGCCUCCCGCCGGUGGGACAUGCCCGGAACACCUCUCCAGGGAGGCGUCCGGGAGGCUUCCAAACCAUAAGCCCGAGCCACCUCGACUGGCUCCUUUCAACGCGGAGGAGUAGCGGCUCGACACCGAGAGGUUCGCCUUUUGGCUCAGCUCCAUCUUCACCACUACAGACCGGUGCAGAGUCCGCAUCACUGCAGACGCUGCACCGAUCUGCUUGUCAAUCUCCCGGUCCUUCCUACCCUCACUCGUGAACAAGACCUCAGAUACUUGAACUACUCCACUUGGGGCAGGAUCUCAUCCCCAACCCAGAGAUGGCACGCCACCCUUUUCCAGCUGAGGACCAGGGUCUCAGAUUUGGAGGUGCUUCAAAAUCGGCUGUGAACCAUUCCAGUGAGAGUUGGAGGUCUCCCCUCUGGAUGCUUGGCUGAGGAGCCAAUGGUGCGGGGCUACCAUCUGUGGGACUAUGACUGAACGCCUAAGUCAGAAUCCCGCCUUGCCACGACGAUACCGUAGCACCGCAGGACUCCGGUGAGACAGAAUAAUCAAUCCGGAACUCACACUGUCAGGUUUUUUUAAUAAUUUAUUUGUAAUUUACUGCGGUUCAUAAGUAUUUAUACCCCUGAGAAAAUCAGAGCUAAUAUUUAGUGCCGAAUUUAGUGCCCUCAAAGCAUGAUGCAACCACCCCCAUGCUUCACAGUAGGGAUGGUGUUCUUGGGAUGGUACUCAUCAUUCUUCUUCCUCCAAACACUAUAUCCCUUUUUUCACACAUAUAGAGAUCAGACACUUUCUGUAGUUCUUUACCAGGUUUUCAUAUAUGGAAACAGGGAUUUUGGCCCAUUCCGCGCUUCGGAUCAUUGUCAUGUUGGAAGAUCCAGCCACGACUCAUCUUCAAGUCUCUGAGUGAGGGAAGGCAAUUGUGGCUCAAAAUCUGACGAUACAUUUCACCAUUCAUCCUCUGGUUUAUACAGUACAGUCGUCCUAUGCACUUUGCCAAAAAGCAGCCCCAAAGCAUGAGGUUUCAACCUCUGUACUUCACAGUGGGGAUGGUGUUCUUUGGAUUGUACUCAUCCUUCAUGAAAGUUUGUACCAAAAAGUUGCGACCUUGAUCUCAUCCGACAACAUGACUUUCUCCCAUGACCCUUCUGCAUCUUUCAGGUGGUCCCUGGCUAACUUCAGACGGGUCUUCACAUGUACUGGCUUCGACCUUCUGAGCAAGGCAUGAUUUUUAACCAUUACACCCUAGUGUUCUACUGACAGUAGCCUUUGAAACUGUGCAUUCAGCUCUCAGACCUUAUUCAGACCUCUACCAAUUUUCUAAAUAGGUGAACUUGCAAAAUCACAAUUGGUUCAAAAACUUCUGCUCCUCACCGUAUAUCCUCCAAACCGCAGUUGUAAAACCGAGGCAAAGGUUUGAUCCUGGAUAUGAUACGUAAAAACAAAAAAGGCAACAAUGAUGAACAACUCAAACGUGAGCGUGGCAGGGAAUGUCGGCUAAUACUGACUUGUUUGCGAACCCUCGGAAACAUUCAUAGGGAGCUUGCUGAUAAAAAGUUAUCGAACUGUACACUGUGUGGACGCCGUCGCCAGAAUUUGCAUGCAGCUCUGAGCGGCGAGAUGCUGCCGGGUGCGCACAGGGGGGUGUGGAGGCUCAUUGAGGAGUAUUAUGGUUUGAGGCAGAACAAAGAAAGUUAGGAGAACCAACUGCAACUGUACAUGAAAGGCCACACUGAAAAGAAAGACUGAGGGACGACCAAUGCAUUUAACGUGGAAGGGUUGGCAAGUCAAGAAAAUACAAAUAGUCCCCAGGUUACGAAAGAGUUCCGUUCCUACGCCGGCGACGUAAACUGAAUUUCUACGUAGGUCGGAAUAAACCCUUUAAAAAUUUGGCCCACAUAAGGCUGUAAGUUGUUUCAGCUAAUAUAUGUUUAUGUAUGCAUUUGUACUUAAGUUUAGAGCUAGAGUGUUACGGAAAAAGUAUCUGAACCCUUUGGAAUUUCUCACAUUUCUGCUUAAAACCACCAUAGAAUGUGAGGUAAUCUUUGUCAAAAUCACACAGAUGAAAAAACAGUGUCUGCUUUAACUAAAACCACCCAAACAUUUAU